ACUUUGCUUUGGAAAAGAAAAACAAUCCAGCAAGAGUUGGGACUUCCUUUGCUAAAUGGCAUUAUCACAGCAGAUGACUUUGAGCUGAUCUUUAACCUCCCUUGGGACAGUCAUACAAGAGCAAGUUGGCAUGACCUUUGCUCAAUUGUCUUUUAAGUACAAGAAGUGGGAAUUCUGCUGUGCAGUUCAAGCCAUCCAAGGAUCUUGAGAGAGCAAUAGCUGCAGAGAAAAGUGCAAGAGAAGCACAGUAACCAAGAUGAUAGGCAGCCAAAAACAGAGUACAGAAGAGGCAGCUCGGGAGACUCCCAGAUUUCAACAAAAGACCCUGACAACACCUGCUCCAUUUGCCGAUGAAACAAGCUGUCAGUGCCAAGCUCCCCAUGAGAAGCUAACCAUCGCACAAGCCCGCCUGGGAACACCAGUUGACAGACCUGUCAGAGUGUAUGCAGAUGGGAUAUUUGACCUCUUCCACUCUGGCCAUGCUAGAGCUCUUAUGCAAGCCAAAACUCUAUUUCCAAAUAGCUACUUAUUAGUAGGAGUUUGCAGUGAUGAUUUAACUCAUAAAUUCAAAGGCUUCACUGUGAUGAAUGAAACUGAGCGAUAUGAAGCCCUCAGACACUGUCGCUAUGUGGAUGAGGUCAUCAGAGAUGCACCCUGGACGCUGACACCUGAGUUCCUUGAAAAACAUAAGAUUGACUUUGUAGCCCACGAUGACAUCCCUUACUCCUCCGCUGGCUCGGAUGAUGUAUACAAACACAUAAAGGAGGCAGGAAUGUUUGUACCAACACAGAGAACUGAAGGUAUCUCCACAUCUGAUAUCAUCACAAGGAUCGUGCGGGACUAUGAUGUAUAUGCCAGGCGCAAUCUCCAACGAGGAUACACCGCCAAAGAGCUGAAUGUUAGUUUUAUAAAUGAGAAGAAAUACCGCUUUCAAAACCAAGUGGACAAAAUGAAAGAAAAAGUCAAGAAUGUGGAGGAAAAAUCAAAAGAAUUUGUUUACAAGGUGGAGGAGAAGAGCCAUGACCUCAUUCAGAAAUGGGAAGAAAAGUCCAGGGAGUUUAUUGGCAACUUUUUGGAGCUGUUUGGACCCGAUGGAGCCUUGAAGCAGAUGUUCCAGGAACGAAGCGGCCGAAUGCUCCAGGCUUUUUCUCCCCGGCAGAGCCCCAACAGCAGUCCUACACGAGGCCGCUCUCCAUCCCGUUCUCCAUCUCCACCCUGGGUCUUCAAUAAAGCCUCUCCUCCAUCUUCUCCAAAAGCUGCCUCUGCCUCCCUCAGCAGCAUGAGCGAGGGAGAUGAGGAUGAAAAGUAAAAUAAAGAUUUAUUUUUUUAACCAUGAGACAGAAGAACAAGCCACAAACUCAACCACUGGAUGGGGAGAAGCGCGAGGAACAUCAGGGGUAUUUCUGACAGUGGGAAAUGUGCUCUGGAAGAUGCCAUAAGCAGAUCAGAGCACAGCAAGGGAGAUCUCAGGAAGAGCUUAUCCCAUCCCCACUCCCUGCGAUGCCCGGUGGCCCGGCCAGCAGUGCUUGCCAGACACAGAACCGGGUCUGACAGAAAACAGACACAUUUGUGCAGGCUCCUGUGUGUGUCUCUCUGCUCACAGCUGCUGCAGCCGGGCCAGGAAGCUCUGCACUGAGCAGGACUGGCAGGGGAGCCCUGCUGGACCCAGUGCACAGGCAAGCAAUGGCUGCAGUGUGUGGAUGGAGGAGACGCAGCCUUACUGGACCCUGCUAACCCUGAGCUUUUCUGGCACGUGAAGGAAUGGCACUGCUGCAGCAAGUUCAUUGAGAGAUGAAACUUCUUUUUCAAUGGGAUCUGCCCCAGACCUCAAACCACACCAGUGAAAUGGAGAGCCCUCUAGCUGAGUUGGUGGGAGUGAGUUUAAUACAUUGAAUCUACUGAAUGCUGCUUGUUGACCAAGCCUCUGUGCAGGGUGUAUGUAGAGUUGGGCUGUAUUUACUUUACCAAAUCGCUCUCCGUGUUCCCAGUGCCUGAACAGCCACCCAAUAGCUGCUGGUUUGCUCCCUGGCUUUGCACUUUGGAGGCAAGAAAGUAACUGAAAACACAGCCCUAGCUGGGGUGUGUUGUAGGAAUUACACACUUUGAGGAUGUUGGCCAUCUUUACUGGUGAAUUCUGAAAAACACACGGGAUCCCAAGGCCUCAGGAGACAGCCUCCUUGGAAACCCUGCUGCUCCCAGCUACGUGUCACCAAAUGAUGAGCACAACAGCGCUCCUAUCACCACAUGCUAUGCAGAUGGCUAAACAAAUUUCACAUCAAACUCUAGCCAAGAUGUGUGCAAAGACCGUGUUCAUGGAGUGGGUCCCAAGGGCAUUCCUCUCUACCCUCAUGUGGAGAAGAGUUGGGGAAAAGGUUUUAAGCAGGUUAGGCAUGGGGGUCUCUGUCCACAACACCCCCACAGCCCCCAGCAGAACCACAGCACAAGCAGCAUGAGUGAAGCUUUGCCCUCCUGUCAAUGCACCAGCCCAUCUCUUCAGCUGUGCAAAGCCAGACCUGCCUGAUGCCUGGCUGCACCACACAGCCCCUCAGCUGGCGCCUGGUGAAGGGGCUUGCAGGACUUCUGGGCACAGGGACACCCGGCUCCAGAGGCUGCC